ACGCACUCCCGGACGACUAUGCUCGCGCUGGCGGUGUGCAACGUGGUGUCGCUGAGCGUCGCCACCAACCUCGUCAGCACCCUCAACCCUGAAGACAAGAUCUCCAUAAAGCGCGGCGUGGCAUUAACCGGUCUUGGAUUCGCGUACUUCACGUCACUAUUCUCGCUGCUGAACCUGGCGGCGUUGUCCACCGGCGCCGGCGCGCGCUUCCGCCACGCCUACCGCCUUAGUGUUGGCGACGUGCUCGACAUCACCAACAAACUGGUGUCAGCUGUCCAAGCGGCGCUGUCGUGCGCAACAGGAGCCAUCGUGUGCAUGUGGUCGUGCACGCGCGAUUUCAUGCGCUCGUCGCACUUCAUGUCGGAGGCCUACGCCUGGUUCGGCGCCGCCUACUUCUUCUACGACAUAUGGUCCAUGUACAUGGUAUACGUCCAAAUGAGCAACAGCGCUGAGUGGAAGUCCAGGUUCCAGAAGCGCGUCUCCAAGAAUGGCGAACUGGUUUUGUCUUCCGGAGACGGAGCGCGCAAGAAACCCUCGGCUUCCUUCCUGGAGUACUGCCGUCAUGAGCCUGUGAUCCUCAUGCAUCAUCUUUUCAUUGGAGGAUUCGGAUUCCUGGUCAUUGUGUACUUCCGCGGCAGCUUCGGCGACUGCACGUUCGGCUUCGUGUACCUGAUGGAAUUAUCGACUCCUUUCGUGUCCCUCCGAGGCAUCCUAUCGCGGCUGCGGCUGAAGGCGUCGCGCCUGUACCUGGCCAACGGGCUGGCCAUGCUCGGCUCCUUCCUGCUGUGCCGCGUGCUGUCGCUGCCCUACGCCUGCCUGCUGUACGCGCGCGCGCGACGCCUGCCCUACCUCGAGGUGAGUGGCCUCUGAGG